CACUAUUCUCAGCGUGCCGCCAUAACAUCGUACCAUAAAGUACUACAUGCCGUUUGUUUACACCAAAGCGCCCCCAAUCAGAGGGAUUGAAUCAAACCAUUUCAUUCUAGGAGAUAUCGAAAACAUUAUUUUUAUCCAUCAUAUAGCACUAGACAUACGUAUAAUUUUAUGAUCUCCAUUAAAAAAAUUUUUUUUUAGUUGGAUAGAUAUCAACAUUAAGUUAACAAAAAGUAAGUAUAAUGCAGAUUCAAGAAACCGCCAAUUAAAAGGCCAAGGUGCCAAAAGAACUCCAAGCCAUCAAAUCGUAAUGUUUAAUAUGCUAAUCCCAUACCAAGGUGUUUUUGAGUGAUGCUAGAUUGGUAUGCCUACGAGAAUUACACUAAGACAAUGAUACACCAUGCGACUGAAUACAAUUGUUUAAAAAUGAAAUGAAAAAAAAAAUCAAUCUCAUUUCCACCGAAUCAAUUUUAAAAUUAAAUAAUUUAGCAAACAAAAAGGUUCAGCUGCCGCUGAGUUGUCGACAUAUUCCAUUUAUUGAUUUCGAUUGGUUCAGCUGCGAGAGGAAAGAGGAAUAUUGAAAUUACGCAAGGACAUUUUUUUGGAGCCUAUACUCCUAUUCCUCCACAAGUAAAUGGGUAAGCCACAAUUUAUUUCUCUACUAAAUGCGUGUUUGGAGUGUAUUGCAAGUACAAUUUAUGCGCCUUUUUUUUGGGGGGGGGGGAAUUAAAAUUGAAUUUGGAUUUUAAAAAAAACCGUCUGUUUUCGCAGUAGCAGUAGAUAGUAGCAGCAGUUUUUCCAGUUGAGUCACUCUUGCCACAGGAGAUCAGAGCUUGUAAAAAAAAAUAUAUAUAUAACAAACAAACAAAUUUACUCUACACAGGAAGUGGUUACACUCUGAAACUAAGUGAACUUUUUUUUAAACGAACGUACUUCUAAACUCUAAAGUAUGAUGAAUUAGAUUUUGCCCCCAAUGUUUUUUUUCUUUUAAGUACACACAUUGAAUGUACUGUUAAAAAUUAUUUUAAAAUAUCAAAUAUUUUUCAAAAUAUGUUUUAAAAAAAAUCAAGAACCCUAUGACUAUAACGCAAGUAAGCAGUCGAUUAUGCGUGGCUAUUUAUAUGUGGCUACUUAUAUGUGGCUACUUUUAUGUGGCUACUUAUAUUUUCUUUUAGUGUAAAAAAAACGAGUUAAUUAACUCCUAUUUUAUAAUGAAAAUGUUUGCCUAUAUUUCUGUUGGACAAAACAAUACUUAUAAAUGUGGAAGAGAUGAGGCGCGCACUGAGUACAACAACUGAAUCGACAAAUUUGAAGCUUGUUAAAGUAAUUUCAGAUGUAAAAAAAAAAAAAAAAGAUUGAACAGUUUAGUUUUUCAUUUGAUUUUAUUUCGUAGCAGCAUUUCGUGAUUUAUACAUACUUUUGAUUCGCAACAAAUAUGGCUUUUGGGGGAGAACAAAAAAUGAGUUUACCCACCCCUUUUAAUGGGCAAUGGAUUACGCCACGAAUACAAAAAAAUAAUCAUACGAAUUUUGAUCAAGCCCAGCGCUGCAUUUUUCGCAGAUACAUAGAAACACUGUCUGCCGAGAGCAGGACUUUAAUUCAGGGCAACAAAGGGCAUCCCAUUUACUCGCUCUUAAAUGCCAAAAUGAAUUCCAUUUAAAUGUUCUUAGUUCCAUAUUCUUAGUUUAAUAUUGUUAGUUCCAUGUUAUUAGUUCCAUGUUCUUAGUUCCAUAUUCUUAGUUCCAUAUUGUUAGUUUCAUGUUCUUAGUUCCUUGUUCUUAGAGUAUGUUAUAGUUUAUGUGUUAUUAAAAAAAAUAUUUAAUGUUUUUGUGUGCUUAUUUAUGUUCUUAAUUUAUGUUCUUAAUUUAUGUUCUUAAUUUAUAUUCUUAAUUUAUGUUCAAAAUUUAUCUUUUGGGGGUUUAUUUUCUUAAUCUUUAAUCUUAUUUUUUUUUUUAUUUCCCGCACAUCAGUCCAAAUGCAAAGCUUCACAAUGUUCGUUUGCCUUCUAUGCCAACUAGGCGGGUGUUUGAUUGCAGUGUGGCUUAAGCUGCUGAAUUUUUAUUUCCUCAGAUGGACGCGGCAACGCCAUGACUUACAACACCAGUAGUACAUCCGGGCUCUGCCUCACGGAGGGCGUGCUCUUCGCCUUAAAAUACAAGCGCCCGACCACUGGGCAGCAUCGUGGGUACCAUCGUUCCCAAGGUCUCACCUGGCCCCGUACCGAGGACUACGCGUCUGCGCCCACGGACCUCACCCCAAGCCCGGACCUCUCGGGCUGCCUCGGCGAUGAUCGUAUCCCCGAUGAAGACAACCUUGACCUUUGCCUAGACCGCGGAAACCAUUCGAUCUACUCCAAACAAUGCGACCCGCCUGUCUCGUUGUCAGCCAGGCUGAAACGUUGGAAGAAGUAUAACAUCUCCCCCGAUCGAUACUGCAAUCCCGUGUCCGUCAAGUCCAACUCGUUCGGCGUGCUUGUCGAUUACUGCGGGGACGAUAUCUAUAUUGCAGAGAAGCCGGAUAGAGCGUGCACCAACCUCUGCGCCUAUGAUGACUCUGCGGCGUCUCUCAAAUAUGUGAACAAUUUCCACAGCAGGAUGUAUCACUUGUGCUCGAGGCGCCGGGUGAAUAUGUUGAAAAAUAUCGGUUGCUUCCCUUGCUACUCAACGUGUCCAACCUACACUACGCGGACCUGUGGGCCCCCGCACUGCUUGGCGCCCCCGCUCUGCAAUCUUGGAACACGCUUUAAGUCCGUGCCGCAGCCCCCCGAAGUAAAGCCGGUCAUUAUUCGCGAAUCGCUCAAACCCUACAUACCACCGCCCCCUCAAGCGCAUCCAGCACAGCCUCGCCCGUCCACCAAGUCCAGCAGCACCGCCACAGAACCGCCACCCCCUGAGGUGAACUCAGUCAGCUUUCGUUCGUUCCUUCAGUCCAGCAACACCGCCACAGAACCGCCACCCCCUGAGGUAAAAUCGGUCAGCUUUCGUUCGUUCCUUCAGUCCAGCAGCGAAACCAACAUGCCGACGCCCCCUCAAGUAAAGCCGGUCGGUCCUCGCUCUCCGUUCCCGCCCAGAGAUGGUGUCAGCAUACUAUCACCUCCUCACGUGAGGCGUGCCAGAGACAGUGUCACCAUGUUAUCACCACCAGAAGUGAUUCGAGCCAGAGAUAGCGUCACCGUGUUAUCACCACCAGAAGUGAGGCGAGCCAGACACAGUGACACCAUAUUAUCACCACCAGAAGUCGGGCCAGCCAGAAGUGGUUUCAACGUGUCAUCACCCCCAGAGGUGAUGCCCACCAGAAACAGUGUCAACAUAUCAUCACCUCCUCAAGUGAUGCCGGCCAGCGUUCGCGCGUCCGUUCAAUCUUCUAUGAACUAUCCAUACUAUCACAAGCGGCUCUCGUUAUUUGCCCGGAGACAACUCUCCAGCCAAAGCAGCUCCGUGGCGAGCGCAGAAGACAUGUACGACUAUGACGAGGAUGGCACGAGUGCCUCGACUGUGGAAGAGAACAAACCUAUAGUGGUGGAAAAUAACAAAACUGGUACCAAAAUAACCCUGCAAACGCGCGAGAUUAGCACGAUUACAACACCCGAGAAGGAGCAAAGGAGCACACAGACUUGGGAGGAGCGACACAAAAAGAGCACUCAAACAUCACUGGAGCGUAACGAACUCCUAAAAAAGCUUCCCUACAUUAGCUCCGCUUUCGACCUUUCGAUACGCCGACAUGAACUGUUCGACAAAUGGCGUUCCGUGUUCAUCCCAAGGCGCAGAAUCGAAUCCAGCCAUUCAGAUAUAUCUGUGCAAAGUAAAGGUGCCAAACCGCCUUUCACACACACAGCCAUCCGCCAGAAGAAUCGCAACAACGCCCAGACGCCGCACCUGAAGAAGGUCAGCUUCGAGGACAAGUUCGUCAACACGGACAUCGUGGUACCGAAGAAGGAGACCACCGACAAGGCCACCUCCCCCAAGCCUUUGACGCACGACAAGGCCACCAGCGUGGACUUGAGAAUGCUUGACAAAUCCACCCUGACGGACAUGCCGAUGGCCGACACCGCUUCCAACACCGACGCGGCCCCGCUGGAGUCGGAGCGCAAGAAACGCUCCGCCGGCAGCGACCUCAACUAUUUCGAGCUGGUCACGCCCAGCGUGUGUUGCCCCACCAGAUGCAAGUGGGAUCGGUACGCCGAUGACGUAUUUUGUUGCAAGACCGACUGCAGAGUAAACGCCCGCUGCGUCCCGCCCCCUUACGCGCCCGAUCCGUGCGCUAAUCGACACACGCCGUCAUGCACGACCGUCUGUUUGGACCCCCCAGCUUGUGCGCCGCCACGUUCGCAUUUCGAGUCGCCGCCGUCACUGCGGCAAUGCGUUAAGGCGACGACGAGUUCUUGUCGGAAUUUAUAUUUGAAGUGUAAAGUAGGGGCUCAACGGAUGACAUCUCAAUAAAUG